AUGAGCAUGGCAGAAACAAGUAAUGAUACAGAGGAGUUGAGCCAUAAGGAUGCAGUCAAUGAGAUAGGUGGUAGUGCAAGUGGUGAAAAGGUGGAGAACAAUGCACCAAACUUUGAGCAAAGUAGUGAAUUAGCUCAGACAAAGGAUCCAUUUACAAAACCACUGAAAAAGCGGUUGACUCUUCAAGAAAGACUAGCUCAAGCUGCAAAGGGGAAAAAGAAGUCUGGUAAUAGGCCAGUAGUUAAUGGUGAGCAAGCACAGACGCUGUCGCCGGUAAUAUCACCGCAAGUUACGGGCAAUCGAGAAGCCUCCACCAAUGAGAUUAGCUUCAAAGCGGAAGUCGAAAGACUAAAGCUUGAAAUUACGAAUUUGAAACAAGCAAAACCAGACUCUUUUGAAGAGGAACGUAACGAGUUGUUGGACAAACUCAAAACUAAAGACGAGACUAUUGCACAAUUGUUAAAAGAAGGAGAGAUAUUAUCGCAUAAAGAACUAAAAUUGAAUGAAAGUAUUAAGAGGCUUAAGCUAGCUAAUCAAACCUUGGAGGAAGAUAUGGCUGAGUUUGCAAAGAAGCACGAGACCUCAUUAGUGUCCUCGCAGGAACUUCAAGAAUUCCUUAAAUCGAAUAAGCUUAAAAGCGUGAACCAGCUUAUUACCAAAUUUUCAGAGACCAAUCAAGAGUUAAACAGAACCAAGGGCGAGAUUGACACAUUGAAACAAUGGGAGUCAAAGUACAAUGAAUUGACAAAGGAUUACGAAGAACUUACUGCAACAAGAAAAGAAUUGACUAAAGAGGUUAAUUCUCUUAAAGUUGAGCAUGAAAUGUCCAAGAAACAAUUUGAACUAGAUCUUGAAUCAAAGCAGGAAAUAAUCAUUUCCCAGAAGGAAGAGCUCUCCAAGGCAAAACAAAGUUACUCAGAGGAGAUUACGCGGUUGGAAGAAAAGAUUGAAUCCUUGAGGUUGGACCAUGAGGUGCCGACAAUACCACACAAUGAGGAUAAAAUUGACUUUGACGAUUUCAAGAAACUCUCUGAUGCGCAUCAUGUGUUGCAAAAACUGUAUUUAUCUUCACAAGAAAACUGGAAGUUGAUUGAAUCUAAUCUUUCGCUAAAAGUUGAUACGUUGACCUCUGCAUUAGAUGUUGCAAAGAGAGCGAAACACAAAUUGAGCAAUGAUUUGAUCAAAGCAAAUGGAGCUCUACAAUCGCAAUCAAAUGAGAUAAAGAGCUUGCAGGAUGAGAAGAAAUUGUUACAGGAGCAAAUCAACGAGUUACAGUUAUCCGUCAAACUCAAGGACAAUGACAUACAAGUAAUUAACGAAAAAUUGGACCGAUUACAAGCGGUGUACACACAAGAACGAUCUAAUCUUAAUAUCAAAAUUACCAGCUUGAACGAAACAAUUGAAUCACUCAAGGAACAACAAAGGCAACCGGAGCCAGAGCCCAAAUUGAAUCGUGACAGUUCAAUUGGCUCCGAUUUGAGCUGGAAUGAAAUCCGACUUGGUGAAUCUUCCAACACUCCAGCAUUAAAUAAAGAAUUCGCCAUGUUUCUGAAUCGUUCUCUGGCGUCCUUUACCGAAAUUGGUGAAGGUGAACUACUGGAACGAGAAUCUUAUAUGACACCAAGUUUUGGUUUUGCUGCUAGUGGAAAUAACGGAAGUACUAGCGGAUUGGGUGUACCAACGUCGAUAAACAACGGAAACAAUUUACAAUUGGUCCACAAAAUGAGUUCAAACAUUAGGCGAUUGGAGAUUGAGUUAAACACACUCAAAGAUGAAUAUGAGAAGUUAUUAAAUGUCAAAGAAUCAAGAGAGCAGGAAUUGCUAGAGUCAAUCAAAGUGAAUGAGCAAGUUCACAAUUUGAAAUCAAAGGUUGAAGAACUACAGAGAGAAAUGGAAGAGAAGGAGGUGAAGGAGCAGACAAUGUUGGAGUUGAUUGGUGAGAAAUCAGAGCAAGUGGAGGAAUUGAAAGCAGAUGUUGCUGACUUGAAAGAUUUAUGUCGAAGUCAAGUGCAACAGAUGGUGGAAAUGCAAGGUUUGUAG